AUGCGAGUUAUUGCGGCUUACAAGCGAGAGAUGCUUGUUGAUGGACACCACCUCAAAAGAAGACAAUACAAGACAACUUGUAAAUUCACUCUCUCUCUCUCUCUCUCUCUCUCUCUCUCUCUCUCUCUCUCUCUCUCUCUCUCUCUCAUUCUCUCUCUCUCACUCUCUCUCUCUCUCUCUCUCUCUCUCUCUCUCUCUCUCUCUCUCUCUCUCUCUCACUCUCUCUCACUCUCUCUCUCUCACUCUCUCACUCUCUCUCUCUCUCUCAUUCUCUCUCAUUCUCUCCGUCUCUCUGUGUUCACAUCUAUCUAUCCAUCUAUCUCACCCUGUUCAUAUCUAUGUAUGUGUUCUUAUCUGUCUAUCUAUCGAUCUAUCUAUAUAACUUAUCCUGUUUUUAACUAUCUCAGUUUACUUAUAUCUAUUUCACUCCGUUUAUAUCGAUCUAUCUAUCUGAGGUUGAUGUGCCGUAAAACAAAACAAACCAAACCAAAACCACACUGUUCAUAUCUAUCUAUCUAUCUAUCUAUCUAUCUAUCUAUAUAUCUCUGUCUGUUCUUAUCUUUUCUAUCUAUCUAUCUAUCUAUCUAUCUAUCUAUCUAUCUAUCUAAGUCUAAUCAUUAUCUAUCCCAUUCUGUUCACAUCUAUCUAAGUCUAUUUAUAUCUAUUUCAUUCCGUUCAUAUCUAAGCCUAAUCAUUAUCUAUCUAGCUUAUCUCACACUGUUCAUAUCUAUCUAUCUAUCUAUCUAUCUAUCUAUCUAUCUAUCUAUCUAUCUCUUUUGUACGUCUCUCUCUCUUUAUCUCUCUCUCCCUAUCUAUCUAUCUAUCUAUCUAUCUCAAUCUGUUUCUAUCUAUCUAUCUAUCUAUCUAUCUAUCUAUCUAUCUAUCUAUCUCUGUUCUUAUAUAUCUAUUCUAGUCUGUUACUAUCUCCGUUUGUACGUCUCUCUCUCUUUAUCUCUCUCUCUCCCUAUCUAUCUAUCUAUCUAUCUAUCUAUAUCAAUCUGUUUCUAUCUAUCUAUCUAUCUAUCUAUCUAUCUAUCUAUCCAUCUAUCUAGUCUGUUUCAGAGUUUGUUCACCCCCCCUCUCUCUCUCUCAGUCUAUCUAUCUAUCUAUCUAUCUAUCUAUCUAUCUAUCUAUCUAUCUAACAAGUUAUUAUGUGCAUCCAAUCAUUCUUUUCCUUUCCUCCUUACUCUCCUCCCAGCCUUACUCUCCUUCACGCCUUACUCUCCAUUCCACCUUACUCUCUUUUCCUCCUUUCUCUCCUUUCAAGAACACUCCCUCUCUCUCUCUAUCUCUAUCUCACUCUCUCUUUCACGUUCACUCGCUCUCACUCUCUCUCUCUAUUGUUCCCUCUCUCUCUAUUUCACUUUCUCUUUCUCACGCUACCUCGCUCUCACUCGCUCUCUCUCUCUCUUCCUCUCGCUCUUUCUCUCUAACUCUCUCUUACGUUCCCUCGCUCUCAAUCACUAUCUUGCUCUCUCUAUCUCUCACACGCGACCUUGCUCUCGCUUGCUCUCUCUUGCUCUCUCUCUAUAUAUAUAUAUACAUCACGCUCUCAAUCUCACUUUCUCACGCUACCUCGCUCUCUCGCUCCCUCUCGCUCCCUUUCGCUCUCUCUCUCUAACUCUCUCACGCUCCAUCGCUCUUAAUCGUUAUCUCACUUUCUCUAUCUCACUCUCUAUCUCUCUCACACGCGAACUCGCUCUCACUCACCCUCUCUUGCUCUCUCUCUAUAUAUAUAUAUCUCACGCUCUCUCUCUCUCUCUCUAUCUCUACCUAAAUCUCUCUCUCUCGCUCCCUCGCUUUCUAUUUCUCUCUCUCACUUCCUCCCUCUCUCCCUCUCUCUCUCUCUCUCUCUCUCUCUCUCUCUGA